AUGUUUCCAUAUAAACUUGACUACAACUCUUCCUCAUAUCUUGGCCUCAUAUACUACAUCAGAAACACAACAAAUCAUGCAAAUUCAGUAACUCCAACAGUUAGUUCAAUUCAUCCAGUUUACAGAUAUCUAGGUGAUGAUCAACAUUACAAAGUCAUUAAUGGAAUCUCAGAAACUUUUCAAUACGUAAAUGAUUCACAUAGAUGGGUUUCAAACGGAACUAACUACCAAUGGUACCAACUUGAUUUUAAAAAAUUUAAAAUAGCUCUCACAGGAUAUUAUCUAGUUACUUAUCGAGGACAUCAAAAAUAUUUCCAGAUCAUGGGAUCAAAUGAUGGAAUAAACUUUGAUCUUAUUGAAAACACAACAGUAAAUACAAUUCCCGAGAACAAUCUUACUUACGUUAAUAUUUCUAAUUCCAACUGGUAUAGCACAUUUAGAGUAAUGAAUGUUGGUGUGAGAUUUGAGGGCGGAAAUAAUAUAGCUUUUGAUCUUUAUCGUAUUGAAUUGUUUGGAUAUGUAACCAAAGAGUAUAUUUGUAGCGUUGUUAAUAGUAGAACACUUUGCAAUUUCUUUAUUGGAUAUAUCACUCCAUUUAUUUUGCAAUAA